UUUCAACAAGUGACUUCAUAUUUCAUAUGGACACUUGUCCUCAAAUUCACUACUAAAAUUAUCUGCCGAAAAAUGGCAGCUAGGGUGCAAAUCAACUUAGAAUAAAUUUCUAGUCAAUUUACAUUUUUUUCCUUCCCAUUUUUUGUUCUUUCUCUUUCAAACAAGGUACCUUAACUACAUUAUGAGGGUGUCUCCCUGAUUUCUGUUACAAAGGACUUGAUCAUACCAGCCUUAUUUCUUGGGAUCAACUUUCCAUGGCCAAUUCUUCCGCCAUCAUCGAAUUCCUAUUGAUGGGUUUCUCCAGCCUUGGAGAGUUUCAGCUUGUCCUCUUUGCAGUCUUUCUCUGCCUCUAUCUGAUCAUCUUGAGUGGAAACGUCACCAUCAUCUCAGUCAUCUGCUUAGAUCGCAGCCUACACACACCAAUGUACUUCUUUCUAGGUAUCCUCUCCACCUCUGAGAUCUUCUACACACUUGUUAUACUGCCCAAGAUGCUUAUCAACCUGUUCUCUGUACUGAGGACACUCUCCUUUGUGAGCUGUGCCACACAGAUGUUCUUCUUUCUUGGUUUUGCUGUCAGCAAUUGCUUGCUGCUGGGAGUGAUGGGCUAUGAUCGCUAUGCUGCCAUCUGCCAGCCUUUGCGCUACCCAAUUCUCAUGAGCUGGAGAGCAUGUGGACAACUGGCAGCAACUUGCAUUGUUAGUGGUUUCCUCGUAUCUCUGGUGGGAACAACAGUAGUCUUUAGCCUCCCUUUUUGUGGCUCCAACAACAUCAACCACUACUUUUGUGAUAUUUCACCAGUCAUCCGUCUUGCCUGUGCUGACACUUACAUCAAUGAACUGGUCAUCUUCAUCUGUGGGGUGCUGGUGCUUGUUUUGCCUUUGUUAUUCAUCUGUAUCUCUUAUGGUUUCAUUGUCCACACCAUCCUGAAGAUCCCAUCAGCUGAAGGCAAGAGAAAAGCCUUCUCCACCUGUGCCUCCCAUCUCAUUGUGGUCACUGUCCAUUUCGGCUGUGCUUCCUCUGUCUACCUGCGACCCUCAGCCAAAAACACAUCAGGCAAAGACAGGCUAGUGACAGUGACCUACACCAUCAUCACCCCACUGUUGAACCCCAUGGUAUAUAGCCUCAGGAACAAAGAUGUACAAGUAGCCAUUAGGAAAUUAAUUGGGAAGGCUGGCUUUUCUUUCAAGACUUUGUAAUCACAACACUUUUCAAUAGUACAUACACAUUUUGGGAAAUUGUUUCACCGUUUAAGUCAUGAGGAUAUUUUGUCUAUUUAUUUUUCUUAUUAUAUAUACAUG